GUCCUCCUCAUCUCCUGUUUACUAGCUGUGUGUCUACCUAUCGUUUUCAAACACGACCCGCGGUACUACGACGACGAUCACUAUCACCACCAAGAAAGGCACUACGACGGAGCGCAAGACCCUAUCCCGAGGCCAAUAUUGUCAUCAAAAGCGCAAGGCCAGAGCAGGAGCAAGCCUGUUCUGAACAGCUUGCACGGAAGGCCACUGGGCGACAAAGAUACCCGGGCGUUGUCAUCUUCCAAGGAGACGCGUGUGCAGACGGCGGGGCCUCGCCUCAAGAGGGAAACAGGUUGAGAAAAGCGAGGGAGGGCAAAAAGCCCUGGGAACCACCGUUCAAGAGAUUUCUUCCAGCAUCCGAAGCUGUUAUGAACAAUCGAGGAGGGCGACGAUCUGGUACGAGCACCUCGCCACAUCGCAUGAGAGGUCGAGACUUAGAAGCACGAGGUCUUGCAACAAGACUCUUCCCACCAGAUCCUUCUCCCGAGAUAUGCCACGCAGGUGAGUAUGAACGAUGUUCAGAAGGACCCUCAGAGCCGCUACGGAUACCACGAGAGCCAUUGCAUCGGCAGCUGCCAACAUUGAGCCUACCACAAGCACAUGGCAGGCAAAGCCAAAUACCACUUCAAGCCCGUCAGCCAAGAUAUCCAGCAGCUCGGGAUAUACCACCGCAAAUUACAGACGCAGAGUCGCUGCCGUCGCCACUCGAUGGAUCACCGUUGCAUUCGAUGUGCCAUUCACCACACGAAUCGACCACCAGAACUGUAGCACCAGCCGCCAGGAUUGUACGUCCCCCCGGGUGUCACCAAAGGCAUUGUAGACAUGCUCACUCCGAUGCCUCCCGAUCGCACUCACCAAGCAGUCCACUCGCUGCUAGCAACGAGACUCACAAGGCCGUUGACCGAGACUUGCCAAAGUCUGUCCCGUCAGAAGAUACUGAGAGCAUCAAGAAGAAAGCCCACACCGAGACUCUCGGAGCUCCCAGAAAAGCAUUCACAUUCAGCAUUCCCUGGCACGCGUUACUAGUCACCAUGGGGCUCAUUCUUUUCAUCUUCGCUUUCGCCAUAUUGGUCGCUCAUUGCCUGGCCUGGUUCCUGGUAUACAAGACAGAAGCAAGAUUGGGAGACGUGCGAAGUGGACUGUUAAGGGGUGGAGAGAUGAAGCUAUGCCUCUGUGGUAAAGGCUGAGGUUGAUAUCACACGUGAUAUACUUUCACAUGACUCUCGAUUUUGCAUCAAUGGAUUGAUCUCCAAAUAUCUAGCGCCACGCU